UUCGCCCUCAUGGUCCUAUUGACCCUCACGCCCGCUGCCAAAUCUGCUGUUGAGCUCUAUAAUCAGCUGCCGGGCGAGAAAGAUCAUGUCUCGACGAGCGACCCCUCCCUGAGCGAGCCCACCAUCGGAGCCCCUGUAUCUCAUGCUCAACUGAUCCAAGUUGCGCGAUGCCUGCGCGAGACUGAUAUUCCUAACAAGAAUGACUUUCGUCUUGAUGCACUGCUCAAGGGGGCGAACAUCUAUGUGCCCCCUCCAAAACCGAAGCCUCAGCCGACUGCUGAGUACACUGCUUUGAUGGCUCGACUUCGCAGAGAAGAAGAGAACAUUGCAUAUCAACGCAUGAUCAACCCUACAACAUCCAUCCCUGAACCCGCUCGUAUAAACAAAGAAGACGAAGAUGACGAGGUGACCUUCACAGACGUAAAUCGGCAACUGGCACUCAUCAUCAACGUCCUUGUAUCCAUCAUUGCGUGUAGCGUCGCUAUAUGGAUCGCUGCUCGUCAUUGGAGUGUUCCUCAACGCAUGGCCUUGAGCAUGUUUGGCAGCGGUACUGUCGCUAUUGCCGAAGUUGCCAUCUACAUGGGUUAUAUCAGACGUAUUAAGGAGGCAAAACAGGUUGAAGGAAAGAAAGUCGAAACAAAACAAGUCAUGGAUACUUGGGUCAUUGAGAAGAAAGAUCCGAAGAAGGAACAUGAACUCAGGCAGAGAAAAGGCGGCAAGCAUAGAUGAAUCGUAUGCAUACUACUUGUUCACCCUAUCCAUGGAUUGACCGACCAGUUUCCAGCGACG